GUUAUGCACUUCUAUAUUCUCAGUUCAGAUUUUAGAAUUUGUUUUCAGAUUCCCAUAAUCACAUUUCAUAAGUCACAAAUUAUGCCUAGGAGAGAACAUUUUUAUAUUUCCAAUUUCAGAUGAAAAAACUUAUUUGUGUGUUUGAAUCUUUUGGUUUUGCUUGUAUAUGUAAAAAGUUAGUUUAUUCACAGUGAUAUUUGACACAUUGUGCAUAUGUUUGAUUAGUAUCUUUUAAAUUCGUACCUUCUUUCAAACUUUCUUUUUUUAGAUUUAUAAGUAUGUUUGUUUAACUAUCAUUUUAUUUCACAAUCAUUUUCUAGUUUGCACCAGUUUAGAUAGGUCAAGCCAAAGCUGAGGGUAUUUUCUCUAUUAUCUUCAAGAAGAAACAACCUUAUGAGAGGUUCAGCCGCAGAUUGCACUAGCUCCUACAGCGGUGAUGCAUGGUCCCGUCUGACCACUAAUCUGGCUAAUAUGUCGAAGGGACGCAUUAUUUCUCUCAAGGCCAAAUUGGCGAAGAACCCACGUGGUACACGCUCGAUUGAUGCGUUCUUUGCAGAUAUGACCAAAAUUGCUGCAGAUCUUGCUUUGGCUGGUAGCCCUGUUUACGAUGAUGAUCUCGUGGUGCACAUCAUGACUCAACUCGGGGAUGAUUAUGCAUCCCUCUAUCAAUCACUACGUGGCCGAGGAGUUUGUGCUUCCUUGGAUGAAUUGUUGACAAUUUUGCAGGACAGUGAACGUGAGCUCCGAGAUCGGGUGGCUACGACGGAUGGGUUGAUAGCCACUGCCAACAACACUCAACGCCAUUCUCGUGGUGGUUUUUCUUACCGUGGUGGUGGCUCUUUUCACGGUCGUGUUGGCAAUCGUGGUGGUGGUCGUUCCAAUUCACAUGGUUCCACUGGCAAUAAUCGUUCCACUCGUUAUUGUCGGUUCUGUGAGUAUCCUGGCCAUGACACUAGGUUCUGUCGUAAGCUCCAACGGUUUUUGAUGGACAACAAUUGUUCUUUUGGAGAAAAAUCCUUGUCAGCAGCCACUGCCAAUUUGACGAUUUCUCCUGGUGGCACCAGCAAGGCUCCUCCACAAUGGAGAUUUCCUUUGUCUUCUGCCCCAAGCUCCCACGUCCCUGAGGCUUCAGCCGGCAGUCCCAUGUCUUCCUCGUCUUCCCCGUCUCUAGCAUCUUCUUCCCAGUCCUCCUCUGCCGUGUCUUCUUCUUCCUCUGUUGUUCGUCCUCCCCGACCAAUUCAUGAGAAAAAGUUGAACACCCGUUACUUUAAUGACAAAUUUAUUAGUCAUGUUGCUGUUGCAGAACCUCUUACUUACAUGCAGGCACGGACUGAUCCCAAGUGGAGAGAGGCUAUGGAUGCCGAAUAUUUGGCCCUUAUGCAUAAUCAAACGUGGGAGCUUGUCCCUCGAGGCUCCAACUGUCCAAUUCAAUCGGCCCAGCCCCUGUCCCACGACAAUAUAUGUAUGCACUAUGAUGGGGAGCGAAAGCAAUAUUGGGUUCGAGGGAAAGCAGAGAGAGGAUUCAGAAGUUCAAUGGCUUUUGAGCUAGAGAUUAAUGGAGGCGGAGACCACGGGAGCAUUAUGUGUGACUCCUCAACCACCGUGUCCGCCGCCGCCUUCUUCCCCGUGCAACACCCAACUGAGCCUCUUGAAGAAGACCGCCCCAUCCUCUGUCCAAUCCCAUACUCUUCUCUCUUAAAGGUGAAUGGGAUGCAAGAAGGGAGGUUUUCCGCGGAAAUUCCCCGGAGGAGGCCGGAACAUUCUUCAGCACUACCUCCGAGGAAGAGCGGAGGGAUACUGGAGGUGACGAUGGAGCCGCCGGUCAGGGCGGUGCGAAAGCGGCACCACCCGCUAGGGCAAGGGUACAGGGCGGCCGCGGUGGCCGUUCCUGUGUGGAGGGCACCGCCGCAAAACCCGACCAUGUCCCAGAUGGGGAAGCUAUGGGACAGAGCCGUCGGGGCUCUGAAGGACCAAAACAGCGCAUUGGUUGCGACCCUGUCGAGGAGGACGGCGCUGAGGAACCCGGAGGUGGAGGCGGCGGUGAUCCGAGCCACCAGCCACAACGCCGCCGCCUUCGAUUACGCGAGCGUCGAGAAAGUGUACGGGUGGAUCCGGGCGUCGCCCAACGUCUUUAAGCCUUUGGUCUGGUCGAUUUCCCGGCGGAUGGAGAAAACGAGGAAUUGGGUGGUGGCGCUCAAAGGCUUGAUGCUUAUGCACGGCGUUUUCUGCUCCAAGAUCCCCGCCGUCCGCCGGAUUGGCCGCUUGCCCUUCGACCUCUCCAAUUUCAGGGACGCCCGUUCCCAUUCCGGGAAGAUGUGGGCCCACAACGACUUCAUCCGCGCUUAUUUUGCCUUCCUCGAUCACAAAUCCGCCCUACUCUUCCUACACCCAAAGGAACAAACAUUUACCUUGACGCCAAUAAUGCAAGCCCUAGAGACGUUGCAAAAGAUGCAAGACUUGCUUGAUAAGACGCUAAAGAUCAAGCCGCAUUCCCACGCCACCGUCGUGCCCCUCUUCAUUGAAGCCAUGGACUGCGUUGUGGUAGAGAUUUUCGAUCUCCACAUCCGCAUACGCAGUGGAAUUGCCAAAAUCCUACCCAAAAUCCGAUCCGCAGGUAAGGCUGAGGCAGAAGUGGCGCUCAAAGUCACAUCUAGACUGAGGACCCAAACCCAAGAGCUCAAUGACCACUUCGAGUUGUGCUAUGAACUCGGCGUAACCAAUGCCUCAAAACCUCCCGCAGAGAAUGCAAUUACUAAAGAUCAAAUUCAAGAACUUGAGGACAUAGUCAACAGUGAUUGUUCCCCAGAUAAAAUGGAAAUCCUACGACAUGUGGCAAGAAUAUAUAAUAUUCUUUUCCAAGAUGAAACGACACGGAAUGGCAUGCACAAAGGAGAAGGUAGUGAAGCACGUGCUUCCGUGUUUGCCGUAAAGAAUAAGAUGGAGGUCAAGAAGCUUGUGUGCUCUCACUGUGGGAAAAUAGGACAUGACAUUGAGGCGUGCUACAAGCUGAUUGGGUACCCAGAGGGAUGGGUGUUCUGUGAUCAGGCCGGAAGAGGAAGAGGAAACGGCCGGGAAAGGGGCCAUUGGACUGCACGAGGCGGCGGACGGUCGACCGUGGCAGCUGGACGGUCGAAUGUUAUGGGCGGACGAGGGGAAGUCCAUGCUAUCCAAGGAGAAGAAAAAGGACCAUCUCCGCUUCCAAACAUUGAGGAUUUAACGCCUGAAUAGUGGAAUGUUGUUCGUCAUGCCCUCUCGCUCUCCCCUAUAGACAACUCACCGAAACUCUGAGCCAAAACCCAGAAUCUUCUGAGAGGACUAAUAGUUGAUUAUCACUUGUUGACAAUCGAUUAUCUGGGUUACCGUUGUCCUCCAACGGAUAGAAUUUUAAAUUUUUGGACAGGGAAUCUUUGGAUAAUCGAUUAUCAAGCUUUGACAAUCGACUAUCACCCUGUGUCUCUGAAAAAUUUGUCUUCAUCCUGUUGGAAACUCUAGCAACGGGUUUAUCCCAUUUUAAACUAUAAAAUGGCACCCAAAUC